UCCAAAGUUUAUUCUUGCAUGCUGGCCCUGGCCUCUGUCUUGUGGCUUCCUAGAGGUUAUAGCAUUUCUGAUCUGCCUCUCUGGUUUUCUUAGCAGAAUGACCCUGCUUGUUUUGCUUCUCUUUGGCAUUCAGUUGCUAUGCUCCCGGGCUGUCUCUCCUCCAUUGGUGGAACCGCCACCUCUGUUACUUUCCCCUGCGUGUAAUGUCUCUGCAGUAGAGGCAGCUGCGGAUCUGGCUCUGCGCCAGAUCAAUGCCAACCAAAGAGAAGGCUACGUGCUUGGUCUCUAUCGAAUUUUCAGCGUCCAAGAACAGCCCCAGAGAAUCGCUGGCUCUGUCUUCUAUCUCACCUUGGAUGUGGUAGAAACUGACUGCCAUGUACUCAGCAGAAGGUUGUGGAAGGAUUGUAAGAACAGACCUACCCAUGAAACCGUUUUUGGGCAGUGUAAAGCAACCCUCUACAUUAACAAGCCAAUGAGAAUUGUUCACCUGCAAAGCUAUGAGUGCACUUUACAGCCAGUUCCAUCAAGCUCAUUUUUAAGGAUUUGCCCUGACUGUCCAGUCCCUGGCUGUCCAACGGAGCCCAAGUACCUGGAAACUGCUGUUGUAAGCCUGGCCAAAUUCAACAAGGAAAGUGAGCACGCUCAUUCUUUCUCUGUCCUCAACGUUACCAAAGCUUCAAUGCAGUGGGUCGUUGGUCCUUCACACUUUGUAGAAUUUACAAUUCAGGAGACAUCCUGCUCCAAAAAUGAAUCCGUUGCUGAGGUCUCCAAGUGCAAGCCCCUCUCACCUGAAUUGGCUCACACUGGUCUCUGCAAAGGCUCUGUAAUGGACAGUCAAAUUGAUAAACAUCAGUUUGUCAGAAUAUCCUGCGAAAUCUACGAUCCACAG